UUCGAUUACGGUAGUAAUUGUGUCACGUUCUUAUAAAAAAGGGCCAACAAACAAAAAACCGCAAAUUCUGGUCUGAAAAAUUAAAGCAAAAAAAAAUUUCUUUCUUUUGGCAAAACAAGUGAAAUUGAAAACAAGGAAAAAGUGUAUAUAUGCAGAGUUAUGACAUGAAAGAAAUAACGGUGGUAGUUGUUAAAUAUCUAGUAUAAAUGUAUAGUACAACAGCAACAAAAAGAAAAAAAUCAUACAGAAAGGAAAAAUCAUUUGCAAUAUAAAUUGUUAAAAAAAAGAAAAAUAAGCUAAAGUAAAUAUUAAACCAACAACAUUGACGUCCAAUAUUAAUCAACACACUGAAAGAAACUAAAAAAGCCAUCAACAACAUUUAAUAAACACCCACCAAAAUCAAACCAUAAAUACAAGCAACCAGGAGGCAGACAGACAUAAAGCUAAUAAAAUACAAGACUCAAAAGAAAUCAGCCAAAUUAAAAACUAUAUAUACAACGUAUGCCACCUAAAAACUCAAAAAAACAAUAAAGACAAUUAAUCACCAAACAGCAAAAGAAAGCUCAAAUAAGAAAAUCUAAGAAAAUUUUCAAGAGAAAUUUGUCUAUUCAUUUGUAGAAGGAAUCAUAAAGGAAAACUCAAAACUAUUACAACUAGAAAGAAGACAUUUAUUUAUUUAAUACCCAAAGGUAUAAAAAGUUAUUGCACUGGCGGCUCAUUUCCAUCAUCAACAACAACAACAACAUCACAAUCAAACUAUUCCACAGCAACAACAACAGCAGCAAUACCAACACCAACACCACCACCACCAUCAUCCACAGCAACAACGUGCUGGCACUGGCGGCAUCAUUGCAAACAGCAGCACAGUGCCCAACGUUAUUAUGGAGGGGCCAGAGGUGACCUUUCUCUUUCAAUUUGGCAGUAUACGUGAUGCAGUUUCAGUUGCUGCCAAUGUUUUAACAUUGAAAACUCUCAAGGAUUUGGCAUGUGAAUUUAUCAACACAAAGAUACCCGACAGUGGUUUGACCUACCUCUCAGAACGUAUAUUACUAUUUCGUCAUGAUUACAACAGUCCCAAUGUUUUGCACAUUAUCAAUUCCGCCGGAGAUGUGGUAGAUGAAACUUUAGUGGAAAUUGUUCUUACAGCAAGUCCGAUUUUAUAUCCAACAUCGGAUAUGCCAACAUUAAAACCACAUAACCUAAAUGUUCACUCAUACAAGUCGCCGACUUUCUGUGAUUUCUGUGGUGAAAUGUUAUUUGGUUUAGUGCGUCAAGGUCUGAAAUGUGAUGGUUGUGGUCAGAAUUAUCAUAAACGUUGUGUGGUUAAAAUACCCAAUAAUUGUAAUAAUUCCAAUGAUCUGAGUAAUUCCUCCAAACGUUCCUCUUUGCUGCAGCCACCCAGAAGUCCUUCGGGCGGUUCAACACAAUCUCUUAUUUCGAAUGAUGAACAGCAACAACAAGCCAAAAAUGAUUCGGGGAGUUCUCUGAAUGUGCCAAUUUACCAUAGAAGUCAUCAACGUUCUUCCUCGGCCGGUAGUCGAAAUGGCCAGCUGCUUGCCAAUACCGGUAUAUGUGCCACAACAUCUGCCUAUCAGAAUAUACGCAUUCCACAUACGUUUAUGGUGCACACCUAUGGUAUACCGACCGUUUGUCAAUAUUGUAAAAAACUACUGAAAGGACUUUUCAAACAGGGUCUACAGUGCCGUGAUUGCCAAUAUAAUACACAUAAGAAAUGUAUGGAUAAAGUACCACAAGACUGUACCGGUGAACGGCAAUUGAGUCAUGGGGACUACAAUGAAUCAUCGUACACACCCACACAUGUAGCCCAUAAGGAACGUGAUAAUUUCUUUAAGGAAGAAUUCGAUGAUAGUGAUUUCGAUGAUAAUGCCUCAAAUGAUUUCAAUAAUAGUCGUACAGGUUAUGGUGGUGGCAAUAAUAUAAUGGCGGUAAAACAGGGACGCAUGGGUAAUGUCAUGAGUGCUAAGACCACAACAAAUGCUCAUAACUCACCGCCCGAAUUGGUUAAUGGUCUUGCGACAACAAAUGAACGUACAUCGUAUAACAGAGAUUCGAGAUGUAUGGCCGAGGGACAAUCUGUCGAUGGACAAUCGGAACAAUCAAGUUCUUCAUCAUCACCUAGUGCCAAUAUACCCCUAAUGCGUAUCGUGCAAUCAGUGAAACACACCAAAAAACGUGGUGGUCAAGCCAUUAAGGAAGGUUGGCUGGUGCAUUUCACCAGUUUGGAUAGUACAGUAAAACGUUAUUUCUGGCGUUUGGAUUCAAAGACCAUAACACUUUUCAUCUCAGAACAGGGUAGUAAAUAUCACAAGGAAAUUCCCUUGGCCGAUAUACAACUCAUAGAGACUAACAAUGAUGUUAGAGUUGAUAAUAAUUAUUGUUUUGAAAUACGCACCGCCAAUGUCACUUACUAUGCCGGUCAAGAUCCUUUGGCGGGUGUAAGGGAGGAACAAGCUGUACGUUUACCACCGCCAGAUAGUGGUAUCGGUACAGAUAUAGCAAAAAGUUGGGAAACUUCCAUAAAACAGGCCUACAUGCAUGUCACCAAUACACAAUGUUGCGAGUCUGAGGAUAAUAUACAAGAUAUGGGUCAAUUAUAUCAAAUAUUCCCUGAUGAGGUAUUAGGCUCGGGUCAAUUUGGUGUGGUGUAUGGCGGUGUUCAUAAGAAAACUAAACGAGAAGUAGCCAUUAAAGUCAUAGAUAAAUUAAGAUUUCCCACGAAACAAGAAGCUCAAUUAAAGAAUGAAGUGGCCAUAUUACAGAACAUUUCCCAUUGUGGCGUUGUAAAUCUCGAACGUAUGUUCGAAACACCCGAAAGAAUAUUUGUGGUAAUGGAAAAGCUCAAAGGUGAUAUGUUGGAAAUGAUACUUUCGCACGAAAGAGGACGUCUCAGCGAAAGAGUAACGAAAUUUCUUAUUACACAAAUACUUAUUGCUCUCAAGCAUCUACACAGUCAAAAUAUUGUGCAUUGUGAUCUAAAACCCGAGAAUGUGUUGCUCUCCUCCGAUGCUGAAUUUCCACAAGUCAAAUUAUGUGAUUUUGGUUAUGCGCGCAUUAUAGGAGAGAAAUCCUUUAGAAGAUCAGUGGUGGGAACACCGGCCUAUUUAGCUCCCGAGGUUUUACGCAACAAAGGUUAUAAUCGAUCUUUGGAUAUGUGGAGUGUGGGUGUGAUCAUUUAUGUAAGUCUGAGUGGUACAUUCCCUUUCAAUGAGGAAGAGGACAUAAAUGAUCAAAUACAAAAUGCCGCCUUUAUGUAUCCACCAAAUCCCUGGAAAGAAAUAUCAUCGAAUGCUAUUGAUUUGAUCAAUAAUUUGCUGCAAGUGAAACAACGAAAACGUUAUACGGUGGACAAGAGUCUGCAGCAUUAUUGGCUGCAGGACAAACAAACCUAUCGUGAUUUGCGUAAUUUAGAAGCUCAAGUGGGUACACGCUAUUUAACACACGAGGCCGAUGACAUGAGGUGGGCUAGCACCGGUGAUAUGUGACCUGUUAAUGAGCAGAUUACAAAAGCAGUUAGCAACACCAAACAAACAGAUUCAGAAAACAAACAAAACACAGUAUCUACACAGCCACAACAACUAAUCGCUAUAACACCUCUGCUUGAAGAACAAGAAAAACAACAGGAACAACAAACGCCACAGCCGUCAGAACAGGAGCAAUUGCGGCGUAAAUCCACUCUGCCACAAUUAGAAACUAUCGAAACUUGUGGUUGUCGUAGUCUGCCGGGUAAACCAAAAGUUGAAG